CGCUGAGCGGUGCAUGUCGACUUCUACCGUCAUCGGAACUUCGGUUUAUCUCGCCACUUUCAUAUAGAUGCCUAAGAAAAGCCAUUCGGCUACAGCAAGUAUUAGGGAGAUCAGAAGGAUGCCGAGUAUAUAUGGGUGAAAUGUACUCGUCUAGUGACGCAGAUGGCGCAUCGGCACCGCCAGAAGGCAUUGUUGGGCCACUUCAAUAUCUCCACUAUUGUGCCAUUGUUCCCCACUCCUGGAGCAACUGAAUAUAUACGCCAUUUAUGGAGAUGAGCGUAGGGCCCCACGCCCCCUCACCCCAGAUUCCACGUGACAGGCUCAAAUGCGGAGAAGGAUCAUCGAUAACUACCUCUACGCUUCUCUAGCUACUGGAACAGUUGAGUUCAUUCGAGCUACAUGCACCAUGAGUACACCCGGUAACCAACGGGCCACUGCUAAGGUCGAUCGGAAACGUAUUACGGACCGCAGAGCCCAGCGGAACCACCGAGAACGUGUCAAGGCCUAUAUCAGUCAUCUCGAGACCACUGUUGAGGAGCUUACCAAAGCGUCCCAGAAGGGCUCUGAACAGAGUCUGCUACAAAAGCUGCAAGAAAAGCAGUUGGAGAUUGAACAACUUAAAAGGGCGAUACGGCAAGCCAACGAGGCCCUACGUACUGCCCUUGGCGCGGCCUCAUCCAUAUCACCUGCUAUCGCCGAGACCGUGCAUAAAGAUUCCCCAGGGAUACAAAACAGCUGGCCCCCCGUAGCGAGCAAGGAUGAAACGACACAAGGACACAAUCAUCGCAAAAUACAGUUGGAAUCCAUAUUCGAGCAAAGAGACAUCUCUCCCAGUACGAGCCGUGGCAGUCAAUUCCACAACGACAAUAGGGUAAAGAAUUUGCAUUCACCAUAUGGCAAUCUGGCCUGUGGAGAUGGGCAAGUGAACUACUUCCAGGUAGUUAAUGAGUCCAUAGUUCACGUGCUCAGUGCUGGCCCACUGACAACUUCCGCCGAUGAUGACGAUGACUUGGCUAUUCGGGCUAUCUUGCAUGGGUGGAAUGCUGUUAAGGACGAUAAGCCACUCGACCAUGGCUGGAACUUUCUCAGAGCUCUAGACCAAGGACUAUUUCACCGCACUGGCCCAGUGGAGCGUCUGGCCAUUUUGCGCUUAAUGCGAUCCAUGCUGAUGUCGAAAAGAGGAUCCCCAGAGCACUCCGCCGGACAAAUUCCAUCAUUCAUGUUCCCCACCACCAUGCAAACCCUUGUUACUCAUGCGUGUAUUGUUGACUUUUUCGUGUGGCCAAACCUCCGCGACCAUCUAAUCGCCUCCGAAACCUCCCAUACUCCUGAAGCAGCAGCGGCGCACUAUGCGACAGAAAUUCAGCUAAGUUGGCCAUAUCAGGUUCGAGAUGCUUACAGGUACAACGAAGAAAAAGGCAAGUUCCAGUUUUCGAUCGAAUUCAACAACGUUUAUUACGACUUAAAGUCAUGGCAGUUUCGUUCCAACCCAGCACUCAAGAUGCUUGCUGCGAAUGGACCAAUGUCGUCGCUGGAAGGGCGCUUGCAGGCCUCGACAAGUGUACUCAUGAGUUCUCUGGAUCCAAAUGGGUUUAUUGAAGCGGGGGCUGUUGCUGGCUAUUAACCUGGUGGGAUUGUGCUGCGGCUGCGUAC